AUGAAGUGCUCCGGCGACCCAGCCCCCUGUGAGCGCUGUGCCAAAUUCGGGCGCGAGUGCGUGUUUGAAACUGUCAGCAGAGACUACACCGGCUCUCUACAGUCCCCGCUCACCCUGUCCGACCAGCCCCAUAACUCCCUGGAUCGCAUUGAUCAGGACGACAGUCGCCCAUCGGGAGCCCGCAAGCGAAGUUUCCACGAGAGCAGCGAUGUCAAGUUCGCCCGCAAGGCCCAUUGUCCUCCUCCGCGCUAUGCAGAGUUCACCCCCGAGGUCCCCACGGCAUACUCGACCGUCCAAGAGCUGGAGGAACGUCAUCUGUGGCCGCGGCCGCAUAGUUCAUCUGACCCUGCGUCAAGCCGGUGUUCGAGUGGAGGGCCGACCCUCGCCUCAUGUCUGGCAGACGCGCAAGUCUCUCUCGCAGAGGCGCGAGAGAUGUUUGCAUUGUUCGGUGAGCGCAUGGCCGUCUAUAUUCCCAGCUUUUACGCGACCGACUUUGGCAGCCUACCGGCCCAACCAGUCUUCACUUUGGCUGCGAUCUACAUCAUGGUACGAUAUCUGCCGGAUUCGUUGAAUCUGCGCACUCGCGUGGGCCGCGUGCUCCGUCGACUGCUCGCUGACCUGCUGUUAUCUCCCACCACGGAUGAUUCGCAGACUGCCCUCGGCAACAUGCACGGCCUGACGAUCCUCUACAGCUGCUGCGAGGCUACUGGGCCCAGCUCCAGCGGCACCGAGAGUUUUGAUAUGCUGACCGCCAAGGGACUGACCGAGGCGUACGCGGUGAAAUUGAAACUGGGUGUCAACUGCUCCUUCAACAAGGUCUAUGCGCAGCUGUCGUUAGUCUGGGUCGUGUGGCUGUACACCAUGAGCCAUCAUUCCGCCAUCAUACAUGGCUGCCCUCGAUCCCUUUCGGCGUCCCCACAGCUCCUGCGGGCCAAAGCUGCCCUGGAACAGAGUGUUGACCAUCCCCGAAUUCGCGUGCUCUUGGGCGAGUGUGAGUUGUGUCUGCUCUGGGAGAGAUCAAUCAACACGCCUGGCGCCUCCCCCGCAACCGUCGACGAUACCCUGAACACCUGGCAGCUUGACUGGCAGCACUUUCUGGCGAGCAACACCGCACCAAGCCGACAGCUGCAGUUUCAUUUCUUCUUCACCCGGUUCCAUCUUCUCACCCAUCUCUCGGAUGGGAACGGAGAACAUCGCGUAGCCGUAGCAGAGAGUCUCGAUGCCGCGCACGACUUUCUGCAGUCCAUGCGUGGACUGUCCCCAAUCGCAAAGGAUCGUCUCCGUUACAUGGGCGACUUUGGCUUUGUGCUGAUGGCCUACGGCUGCUUGUACGUCCUUCGGGCCCUGGAGUCCAAUACUAUCGUCCCUGCACGUCGGGUCGGCUUUCUGCAGCUCGUGGAUGAGCUAGGCGCGCUGAUGCAGUCACUUGGACCGCAGACCAACACCCGUCCGUCUGUCUACGGGGUUGCCAUCCGGUCCAUGUGCAAACAACACCAGGGCACGCUAGUAGAGAUCAUACCGACUAGUGCAGAGGACGGGAGUCCGACGCAGGGUCCUGUUGGUAUCCAAUCCCUCAUGCACGCCUCGCAGACGGAGCCCAAUCUCGUUAUGCCGGCAGACGCGACCAUGGUCCCGGCCAUGCUCAGCCAGGCGGAGAUUUGGGAGUUGGAUCAUGAUCUGUCGAUAUUGGACGGGCUGAUGGCUGGAAUCCCCGUGCCAGAGUAUCCAUAA